AUGUCAACAAUAGAGAACACAACAACAGUUAUAGUCCAUGAAGCUAUAAAUGAAGAAUAUGAGUGGGUUCAGUUUAACAAACAACUCCGUCUCAUUCGUUCGGUCAAAGACGAUAUGUACCAAAUGCAAAGUAUUUUGACAGCAUGUUUUGCACCCGACAAUAAGAAACCACAAGACUGGUUUAGGAACCAAAGCCCACAAGAACUUUUGAGUGAAGAACAGCGAGUAGGUAAAAAACCUCAGUCGCCAAAACUCUAUGAAAAUCGUGAAAAAUUGCCAAACGGUUUGAGAGGACAUUAUGUACAUAGACUUCUUGUAAAUGCUGUUGCAAUGUGGGCUUCAGCUCGUUAUGCUUGGUAUAUUUACAGACUUCUUGACGAAAUUCAUAGACAAGAACGUGAAGAGAUGGAAAACAAGCUUGAAGCAAAAGACAAAAGCAUUCAGAAAAGAAUACCACGUUCGGUACCAAAAGGAAAGGAAAAGAACUAUAAGUAUAUGAUUUAUACUGAAGAGAUGGAAAAUGAAGAAGAUAAAGAUAUGGUUAUGUUGCAUUUAGUCAGAAGAAACAACAAAAGCUUUUACGACCUUGCUAAGAUUUACAAAUCUGACAGAAAUUGGUUCUAUCGCGAAAACUUACCGAUUUCAAUGACACCGAAUGAAGAUGUGAAACAAAUAGUUCAAGAUACGUUACCUCAAACACACUAUGAUAUGAAAGGUUGUACAAUACUUACCUUCAAAGAAGACUUACCGCUACUGAAAGAAAAAAUAACAGAGUAUUUUGACAACUUCAAACAAGUAGGGUAG